AUGGUACGACUUACCCGAGGGAUCCUUGUCUUCGUGCUCUACGCCGCAGAAGACAUCCCUAACGGGUAUCUUCUGUGUGUGCAGACCGCAGGGCAUUGGCUAUCGCGGCGACCUCAGCCCUGGUCCAUCGACUCCUCUUCGCGCGAUGUCAAUCUGUGGAAGAGGCUAUCCUUGUACCACAGAGAUACCCCUGCGGACACGUGGAUUCUCCUCGGGCGCCCUGGAUUGGCGACGGGCUUGGACCUCACGUUUAACCCCGCCAAUCGCCUUUCAUUCGAAGACGCGAAUUGGCGGCUUUGGCUCACGCAAGAACCCAGCAUGAUGAAGAUUCCCACUCGAUCGCCCCUCAACCACUUCCUGUGGUACUUUUCAGCGCCGUAUCUCGAGAGCCUCACUCUCGACCGCCGUGCCGAGGUGCAGCAGUCCGACGUCGACAAUAGCACCGAAACGCAACAUGGCAACGGCGACGAGAUGCAACAAUGCGACGUGGUCAAGGGGCAUGAAGAGGUCGAUGGGAUCUUCGGGAUGCUUCAAGCUGCCGAAUUCCCAAAGGUGAAGAACAACGGCAUCUAA